AUGAAAGAUUGGCUUGCAUACCAAGAGAUCACUCAUAAAGUAUCAUUAAUUGUUAACAUUAUGUGCGUUAUCAUUUUUAUAGUUCUUGGAAUGCUGAAUACAGAAAUCUUUCAACUUUCACGUGAACUUAAUCAAGCAUAUACUUAUCAAAUUCUCUUAGACUUAAUAGUGGAAUUUUUAUUAGUACUGUGUACACUUUAUAAUUUAUAUUUUUAUUUAAAAUCAUUCAACAUAUUAACAUUAUCAAAUAAAGGAAUUAUAGGAUUUUUAAUAUGGACUUUUCUCAAUUUAACAAAAAUUAUUUUUAUAAAUAAUUACUGUACUAAUUUGUAUCGUGAGGUACAAAUAACAGCACAUUUACUUCGACAAUUGGAAAUUUGUUAUUUAGAUAAUUCUAUUAGAGACGAGGUGCAACAAUUUUCAUUACAAGUUCUUCUUCAUCCUUUAAAAUUUAAUGCCGGUGGCUAUAUUUUUAAUAACAAAUUAUCAACUAUGUUUUUUGGUAAUAUAAUGACUUAUAUCAUUAUAUUAAUACAA